UCCUCUACAGUAAACCGGGGCUGUUAUCAAGAUACAGUCACGGGUGAGAAAGGCCAGUGAUCUGUAAAAGAAAAAGCCCAAACCAAAUUCCAGGGGUGCUUCCACAUCUGCAACACCUAAAGGGAAUUUACAAAGUCGUGAACUUCAUAAGGAUGCAGCCCACUGUGCUGCAUUUCCUUUUGUUCAGGCCAAGCAAAGGCUUAAAGUGAAAAACCCAAGUCUGAGCUAGCAGUGGACACGGGGGAACUGUUUUGUUUGUUUCAAUCGGCAUCUGGAAUGAGUCAUUGCCACUUGUCAUGGUGAAAUGGCAAAUCUCGGCUUCCUGUGGUUCCCAAAGUCUGGGACUGGAAAUCCACAAGACAGCUGGCGGUUGAAAGCUGUUUGAAGGACAGCCCGAGUAUUCCAGAAAUGUUUGAGGACCUCUUCCAUGAAGGAAGAGGAAUUGCUAAAUAAACUUCAUGUGUCUUCAACUUUCUUUUUCCAAGGAGAUGACCGAGGAACUCUGGCCAGGACCACGUUAGUGUCUCUCUCUUUGCCCAUCUUGAGUUAGGAUGGGGAGAGGAGGAGAUAGCUUCUUUUUCUGUCCUCUGCCUUCCUGUGUGUCCUUCCCCCAUCCUGAUUCACUCACAUACACACCCUAACCUUGAAACCCAUGAGAUUGAGUGACUGGCAUUUGGAACCACAGAGAAAUGUUGGUGUGUCUGGUUACAGACUCAAGGAAACCUCAUUUUAGAGUGUACACUGGUUUUUAAGCAAAGUUUUGCACUGUGAAGCAAGGCAUUGGGUGAAGACAAGAUGGCCUCACCGGCUGACAGCUGUAUCCAGUUCACCCGCCAUGCCAGUGAUGUUCUUCUCAACCUUAAUCGCCUCCGGAGCCGCGACAUCUUGACUGAUGUUGUCAUUGUGGUUGGCCGUGAACAGUUUAGAGCGCAUAAGACAGUGCUUAUGGCCUGCAGCGGCCUGUUCUACAGCAUUUUCACAGACCAGCUGAAGUGCAACCUCAGUGUGAUCAAUCUGGAUCCCGAGAUCAACCCCGAGGGGUUCUGCAUCCUCCUGGACUUCAUGUACACAUCUCGGCUCAACCUGCGGGAAGGCAACAUCAUGGCUGUAAUGGCUACCGCUAUGUACCUGCAGAUGGAGCACGUCGUGGACACUUGCCGGAAGUUUAUCAAGGCCAGUGAAGCCGAGAUGGUUUCUGCCAUCAAGCCUUCUCGUGAAGAGUUCCUGAACAGCCGGAUGCUGAUGCCCCAAGACAUCAUGGCCUAUCGGGGUCGGGAAGUGGUGGAGAACAGCCUGCCACUGAGGAACCCCACUGGGUGUGAGGGCAGAGCUUUUGCUCCCAGCCUGUAUGGUGGCCUGUCCACACCACCAGCCUCCUACGCCAUGUACAGCCACCUCCCAGUCAGCCCCUUCCUCUUUUCUGAUGAGGAGCUUCGAGAUGCUCGGAUGCCUGUGGCCAACCCCUUCCCCAAGGAGCGUGCCCUCCCCUGCGAUAGUGCCAGGCCAGUCCCUAGUGAGUACAGCCGGCCGGCGCUGGAGGCGUCCCCCAGCAUGUGCCACAGCAGCCUCUACUCGCCCAAGGAGGCAGUGCCAGAGGAGGCACGAGGCGACGUGCACUACAGUGUGGCUGAGGGCCCCAAGCCUGCUGCCCCCUCGGCCCGGAAUGCCCCAUACUUUUCCUGUGACAAGGCCAGCAAAGAAGAAGAGAGACCCUCUUCAGAGGAUGAGAUUGGUCUGCAUUUUGAGCCCCCCAGUGCACCCCUGAACCGGAAGGGCCUGGUCAGUCCCCAGAGCCCGCAGAAAUCCGACUGCCAGCCCAACUCACCCACGGAGUCCUGCAGCAGCAAGAAUGCCUGUAUCCUUCAGGCCUCUGGUUCCCCUCCAGCCAAGAGUCCCACUGACCCCAAAGCCUGCAACUGGAAGAAAUACAAGUUCAUUGUGCUCAACAGUCUCAACCAGAAUGCCAAGCCAGAGGGGCCUGAGCAGGCUGAGCUGGGCCACCUCUCCCCGAGAGCCUACACUGCCCCAUCUGUCUGCCAGCCACCCAUGGAGCCUGAGAACCUUGACCUCCAGUCCCCAACCAAGCUCAGUGCCAGCGGGGAAGACUCCACCAUCCCCCAAGCCAGCCGGCUCAAUAACAUCGUGAACAGGUCCCUGACAGGCUCUCCGCGCAGCAGCAGUGAGGGCCACUCGCCGCUCUACCUGCACCCCCCCAAGUGCACGUCCUGCGGCUCUCAGUCCCCACAGCACGCAGAGAUGUGCCUCCACACUGCCGGCCCCACGUUCCCCGAGGAGAUGGGAGAGACGCAGUCCGAGUACUCGGAUUCCAGCUGCGGUGAGAAACCCUACCGUUGCAACAUCUGUGGGGCCCAGUUUAACCGGCCAGCCAACCUGAAAACCCACACUCGGAUUCACUCUGGAGAGAAGCCCUAUAAAUGCGAAACCUGCGGAGCCAGAUUCGUGCAGGUGGCCCACCUCCGGGCCCAUGUGCUCAUCCACACCGGGGAGAAGCCCUAUCCCUGUGAAAUCUGUGGGACCCGCUUCCGGCACCUUCAGACUCUGAAGAGCCACUUGCGAAUCCACACGGGAGAGAAACCUUACCACUGCGAGAAGUGUAACCUGCAUUUCCGCCACAAAAGCCAGCUGCGACUUCACCUGCGCCAGAAGCAUGGCGCCAUCACCAACACCAAGGUGCAAUACCGUGUGUCGACCACCGACCUGCCUCCGGAGCUCCCCAAAGCCUGCUGAAGCAUGGAGUGUUGACGCUUCCCUCUCCAGCCCCUUGUCAGCAUCGACCCAAAGGGUACUGUGACACUUUACAGCGUUCAUCCCAUGAUGUAGUGCCUCUUUCAUCCACUAGUGCGAAUCCUAGCUGGGGCGGGGUGGGGGGGGUGGGACCUGGGGGCUGGGAGCUGGGGCAGCGUCCCUUCCCCACUGCCAUAAAACGUUAAGAAAAUAAUAUUGCUUCUUCUCCUAUGUGUACGGCAAACCACGUCCGCAAAAAGCAAAAUCAUUUUAUAGAUCAAAACAGGGGAGUAUGCACAGGUUCUGACUUGACUUAGUCUGCAGAAGGAGGAAUGUAUAUGUUUUGUGGGAACAGAUGUCUCUUUUGUAUGUAAAUGAGCAUUCUUUUAAAAGACAGGACUUCAGUAUGUUAUCAAAGAGAGGGCUUUAAUUUUUUUAACCAAAGGUGAAGGAAUAUAUGGCAGAGUUGUAAAUAUAUAAAUAUAUAUAUAAUAUAAAUAUAUAUAAACCUAAAAAGAUAUAUUAAAAUAUAAAACCGCGUUAAAGGCUCGAUUUUGUAUCUGCAGGCAGACACGGAUCUGAGAAUCUUUAUUGAGAAAGAGCACUUAAGAGAAUAUUUUAAGUAUUGCCUCUGUAUAAGUAAGAAAAUAUUUUGUCUAAAAUGCCUCAGUGUAUUUGUAUUUUUUUGCAAGUGAAGGUUUACAAUUUACAAAGUGUGUAUUAAAAAAAUGCAAAGAACAAAAAAAAGCUGAAGAAGGAGAAAUGUGUAAUUUUGUUCUAGCUUUCAGUUUGUAUAUACCUGUACGAUGUGUCCUCACGGUGCCUUUUUUCACGGAAGUUUUUAACGCUGGACGAGAGUGUGCCAUCCCUCUUUGAAGUGUAGGCAGACACAGGGACUUGAAGUUGUCACUAACUAAACUCUCUUUGGGAGUGUUUGUCUCAUCCCAUUCUGCGUCAUGCUUGUGUUAUAACUACUCCGGAGACAGGGUUUGGCUGUGUCUAAACUGCAUUACCGUGUUGUAAAAUAUAGCUGUAUAAAUAUCAGAAUAAAACUUUGAAAAGUC